UCGACCUAUUAUCAUAGUCCCAACCAUUUUUCCCAAUGUGAAUAUGAAAUCACCAAACUGUUUGAUUCAUUGAAGCAUCUGUUUUCAUCAACAUCCAAUUAACUGAAAUAUCACACAUGCGCCACCCUUGUGUGAAAUAAUCUAAUUUUGGAAUAGUCUAAUUUUGAAAAUGCAGAGAAUCCUACGGUCUUUUACACUUUGCUUUUGUAUUUUAUCCAGCAUCCUUCUGACAUUACAGGACUGGCAGAUUCAGCUUCUUGGGGGAUGGUGAUGCCGGCUCAGGAUCUGCUCUCUAAACCUGGAGGCUUUCCAGAGCAAAGUUCCAGCCCGCCAGCUUUUAUAAGAGUGCUAUUCUGGAGGAGCAGGAGGAGGAGGAGGAGGAGGAAGAAGAGGAAGAGUUGUCUCCAUCAGCAGGACAGCAUCCCAGAAUGUUUACUGUGACUGACAGUGAAGCGCGUAUCCCCAGACUUGACAGCGGUUGUCCGGGAGCGUCGAGCGCACACGUCGCUCUCCGCAACACAUCGCACCACUGCGGUAGGAGCUGGGAGGGAGCUGGGAGGGAGCAGCAGCAGCAGCAGCAGCAGCAGCGGAGGCGGAGGGAGAGACUUGGCACGCAUCGUCCACUUGUUCCUGCACGGCACAACCCGGGAGGCGAGUGCGUCCCGCCGACUUCCAUCACACAGCAGGACGAUAUCCCCGAGAGGACGUACGACCACGGCUCCCGGAGCAAAUCCUGCGGCGCAGCGAGAGCGAAGCAGGGAGAACUUUUUGUUUUUGUUUUGUUCCAUCGCUUCGCUCGCGUCUCCGUAUAACCUUGGAAGUCGGACAUGUCCGUCGCGAGCGAGAGGAUGGGACCGCUGAUCCUCUCCAUCGCCCUGUGCCUGGGCGCCGCUGUCCCGCCGCAUGUGCAAGCAGCAGAUGGUGAGGAGCCAACUUCAGCAGGCCCUUGCCAUCCGAACCCUUGCCACAACAGAGGAACAUGUGAGAUCAGUGAGACCUACAGGGGCGACACCUUCAUAGGUUACGUCUGCAAGUGCCCACCAGGAUUCAGUGGAGUUCACUGCCAACACAAUAUUAACGAAUGUGAAAGGGACCCAUGCAAGAACGGGGGCAUUUGCACAGAUCUGGUUGCCAACUAUUCCUGCGAAUGCCCGGGGGAGUACAUGGGGAGGAACUGCCAAUACAGGUGCUCCGGACCACUGGGCAUGGAGGGCGGGAUAAUCUCCAACCAACAGAUAACAGCCUCCUCUACCCACCGUGCUCUCUUCGGCUUGCAGAAGUGGUACCCGUACUUUGCACGCCUCAACAAGAAGGGCCUGGUGAAUGCCUGGACUGCUGCCGAGAAUGACAGAUGGCCGUGGAUCCAGAUAAACCUGCAGAGGAGAAUGAGGGUCACGGGCCUAAUUACCCAGGGUGCAAAGCGUAUCGGCAGCCCGGAGUACGUCAAGUCGUACAAAGUUGCCUACAGUGAUGACGGGAAGACCUGGAGAACAUACAAAGUCAAGGGCAAAGAUGAGGAUAUGAUUUUCCGAGGGAACGUUGAUAACAACGCUCCAUCAGCCAACUCCUUCACCCCUCCCAUCGAGGCACAGUACGUGCGCAUUUACCCCCAAGUCUGCAGGAGGCACUGUACCUUACGCAUGGAGCUGCUCGGCUGUGAGCUAACAGGCUGUUCUGAACCACUGGGAAUGAAGUCAGGCCAUGUCCAGGACUACCAGGUCACAGCGUCCAGCAUCUUCAGGACACUCAACAUGGACAUGUUCACUUGGGAGCCUGGGAAAGCCCGUUUGGACAAACAGGGCAAGGUCAAUGCUUGGACAGCUGGACACAGUGACCAGUCACAGUGGCUGCAGGUGGACUUGCUUGUGCCAACCAAGGUCACAGGUGUCAUCACACAGGGAGCUAAGGACUUUGGCCAUGUCCAGUUUGUUGGCUCCUACAAAGUUGCGUACAGUAAUGACGGAGAGCGGUGGAAGGUUUAUCAAGACCAGAAACAAGGGAAGGACAAGGUAUUCCAAGGGAACUUUGACAACGACACACACAGAAAGAACGUGAUAGACCCGCCCAUCUACGCUCGGCUCAUCCGGAUCCUCCCCUGGUCAUGGUACGGCAGGAUCACUUUGCGUGCAGAAAUACUCGGAUGCACAGAGGAGGAGUGACGACCUUCCCCUUCAUCUUUCUCGCCAUCCCUCCCCUGUCCCUUGGCAUACUGGAGUGUCUCACCCAGUAUUUUAAAAAUAAACUGUGCAACCUGUAAAAAGAAUUCAAUUUCCAAUGGAUUUUUCAAGAAUAAGUGUUUUGGUUAUGGUGGGUUGCUGUAUGUUCUUUUGUACAAUGAUUUAAAACCUGCCCCUUAUCCACUUUUGUCUUUUUUGUUUUUCCACUUAAAACCGUGAUCCUUGUCUUUUGAUUUUUUUACAUUUUCCAUCCUGUUCGGAAUGAACUUCUGUAAUAUAUAUUUGGGGGGGGGGGGGGUGUGAAGGGGGCGGAGUCAGAAUAGGGGGGUCUCACUGUGGUUUUGACUUGUUGCCAUGGAAGCUAUUGUACAGUGUCACUUUUUAACAAACAUGUGAAAUCUGUCUGCAGUGAUUCAUUGGACAUGAUUAACUUCAUACAUAACUAAACCGUCUAAAAUACAAUGUGGAGAUCACAUAUUAUCAAACGAUCAAUUAUAUUUUUACGUGGAUUGUUCACUCCCUCAAGCCAUGCUUUUACCCUUAUGGACACUGACAUUACUACAUCAAUCAACACACUAUUAAUGCUCCUGUAUUAUAUGUAAAAGAGAAAGAAAUUGCAUGGUGCGUGAAUUAUAAAUGUAUACUCUGACAAUUCAUUUAAAACCUCUUGCCCUGAGAGCAAAUGGCUUUCAUUAAGGGACCUAUUUUUAUCUGCAUUUCUAAAUAGCUCUGAAACAUUAACACACACUGCAAAAGCUUAAUGAGUUGACUGAUAUGUGAGGCAAUGUACAAGCUGCAGUGAAACUUGGUACUGUGGCACUGACACCAAGGCUUAUCGACUGUCUCUAGUUGAAAUGUUUCAAUGCUCUCCAUUUUUUUUUGUGCAUCUAUUUGAUUUUCUCUACAUUUUUUCUAUAUUUGGAAUCACUCUUUGUGCUUGUUCCUUUUUUUUGUAUUUAUUUAGAUUUAGUCAUCUCGGCUGUCAGAUGCAUACAAAUAUCUUUUUUGAUGUCUUACUGUUGUUUUGGACAUCUAAGUUGAAUCAAUUCAAAAGCUCAGGAUAGAUGUCACUCAUACUAACUCACAACUGUCAUUCUUGGCCAUCUAUUUAAAGAUUUAUGUGUAUUAUUUAAAGAAAAUGACAAAUAAGUGAGAAUACUUAUUUACACAAUUUCCAUAUUUGGAUGAUUCAAAUAUUAAAAUGAGUCAUUUAAUAUCUCUAAUGCUAUUAACAUGAUGAAUGACAAGUUAAUACACGUCUUUAUUUUCAAAAGAGAGCAGAUGUCCGAGAUUAAUAAUGUAUUAAAUCAAACCCACAAUGAUGAUGGACCAUGGCAACGAUCCAGAGAAUAUAUAACAGUGUCCUUAUUUCAGGGAGUUUAAUCUUUAUUACCUGGAUUAUACUGGAUUAGAAUAAUGGAAUUAUGAAAUCUAAAAGAAUUUGUGAGUAUUUUCACGACACGACAGCAGCGUGCUGCACACUCAGAUAGUUUCAGGGUGCAUAUUUAGAAGCAUUGGGUUAUUGCGGAUGAAGAUGCUGCUCUGCCAAAUCCGUCAAAACAUUCUCUUAGCAGUUUGCUAUACGGCUUCUGCUGCUGGCGUCAUGCUUCAGUAAAUGAACAGAGAUGCUCGGCUGGUUGAAUAAAUGGAAGUAAACAAGGACCUGAGGUGUUGCAGCGGAUACAAACCUUAUAGCCUUUUCAACACAGCUUAAAAAUCGGCCUGGAUUAGUCUCGUGGUUAUUCCGCUCUUGACUACUUUUCCCAAAGCUCUCAAGUGCUACAAUAAGAGCUGAAAGGAGCCACGUCUACUUUUAUGCUUCAUGUUUCACUUACUCACUUACUUGUCUGCUUUUAGUAAGUUAACUGGCCAAUCAUUUCAUAUUGUAGGAAUACAGCGUUUUUGUUCUGAGAAAGCAGCACUGCCUGAAAGAGGAAGUAAGAAAAAAAAAAAUCCUUUCAUUUAAUUCUUCAGCCUUUUCAAACUUGGUCUACAGACUAGAUUGGAAAUACAAGUGUGCCACAGUUAUUGUCAUCACUAUGUAUUUGAUGAAUAAAAGAUGCAAUAUUAUGGAAUCAAACGUUUUUCGACUGACAUCCACAUCCACACUGAUGAAAAGCACAGCUACAAAACAUCAAAUGUGUCAGCUCACUCUGUAUUGUGUCAUGCCAUGAACAUGGUCGUCGUUGUAGUUGACAAGUAAACAUAUGAAGUCUGAAAACAAAAACAAAAAAAUGAAGUUUGAACUGGUAUCUGGUUAAGUGGACCUGGCCUUCUGGGUUUGCGCAAAUGAAAUCACGAGAUAGUAAACUGUGAUGGCGCUGAUGUGUCUAAAGAUCGGGAUCGAUUUGGAAGAAGUUUACUUGUGUUGUUGACUUUGCUGUAUAUUACCAAUAUGUGAAAAGUGUUAUUGGUGUUAAUCAGUGACCGUCGUUGCUCCGGUUCGGGGACACAGAAUAAGCAUACGCAGAUCAUUUCUCUCACAGAUUAUUUGUCUUGAACCCACAUCUGCUCUGAGCUGAUCUUUGUUGCUCAUUUCCUGUGAGCUCUCAUCACGGUGCAGACCGUCUACAAAGUUUCGAGGACGUUUGCAUGAUGUAUGAGUUUAAACUGUACUGUACAACAGCGGUGUCCACCGGCACAUUAUGUUCUUGUAUACCAUAAAAAGAUCUAAUAGCUUUUACUUUGUACUCACCAUCGAUUGUCCUCGUGCAUUGUAAAACUUUCAUCGCACAGAUGAAACGGGGGUCGCAAAGCGGAAAACUCAUCCUGUCUCUGUAUUUCUGCAUCAGCUGUUCACAUAUGAUUUCUCACCUCCUCGGCCUGAGUGUCAAUCACUAUCUAGAAAGUGUACCUAUUAGAAUGCUGGUUAGCCCUGCAGAGGAGCGUGAGGAAAUGUGUACAGUCAAAUAAGAUGUUGCUUCGAACAAAAGCUCUUUCAGUUCUAAAAAUAAAAAAAAUCAUCUGUGAAAAAAGACA